CGCGGUGUCGUUACGUACUUGCGUCCCCCGUUGUACGCGAAAUCGCGAUCGUCGUCGCAGUGAUGUGUUGUUCGCGUCGUAGACGUGCGUGAUCCACACGAGAUAUUGUUAUUCUACGUAUCAAUCCGCCCGCGUAAAGGCGCGCGGACUUGCCAGCUACUUCGAUCGGCGGACUUUUCCAAGCGGCGCAACACUGAAAUGUCGUCGUCGCAGCAGUGACAUAGUGCACACUGCGGUUUCCGGAGUGCGGAUUAAGAGUUAUCGAAACGUGUGUGUGUGUAUGUGUGUGCGCGCUUCGUCGAUAAGAUAAAUUAAUUUCAUAUCGAUUUUUUAAACUUUCCUUUUUUUUUCUUUUUUUUUUCGCGUCGUACUGACCGCGAUCGCGAAAAUGUUGUGGUCUAGAGGCAAUCGCGGUUCGCGGUUCUUGGCCGCUGCGGCGAUGCUGGCGCUGGUCGUGCCGUCCUCCGUCCGAUCGUUCGAGGGCUGCCCGGCCGUGUGCUCUUGCAAGUGGAAGGGUGGCCGGCGGACGGUCGAGUGCGCCGAUCGGGCGCUGAUCACCGUGCCCAUGGGCGUAGACCCGGAAACCCAAGUGCUGGACCUGUCCGGCAACAAUCUGCAGAUACUGCCCAACGAGACGUUCUUAAAGGCAGGCUUGGCCAAUCUGCAAAAGGCGUACCUGCGCAACUGCCGCAUCGGGCAGAUCGACGAUUCGGCGUUCCGCGGCCUGACCAACUUGAUCGAGUUAGACCUGUCGAACAACAUGCUCACGUCCGUGCCGUCGUACGUUUUCCGUGAUGUGCCGUACUUACGCGAUCUGUCCGUGGCCGGUAACCCCAUACAGAAGAUCGAAGCGCGCGCCUUCGCCGACUGUCCGUCCGUCGUCAAGGUGGACGCGUCCCACUGCGGGCUCCAGUCGGUGGCGGGUCACGCGUUCGACGGUGUGGUCAGGCUGGAGACGCUCCGCAUCAACGGCAAUCGGCUGACCGAACUUUCGGCCACCGUACUCGAGUCGCUCAACAAACUUCGGUCGGUCGAGCUGCACGACAACCCGUGGGUGUGCGACUGUCACUUACGACCGAUGAAACUGUGGCUGUCCGGCAACAACGUGCCUUACAACCAACCGGCGCUGUGCUCGGGCGGUCCGGACCGGCUGUCCGGCAAACCGCUCACCGAGCUGGACGUGGAGGACUUCGACUGCCGACCGGACGUGCGCGCCGAAUCCCGGUACGUCGAGGUAACCGAGGGUCACAACGUGACGGUCCGGUGCCGAGUCGAGCCCGGUUCGAUGGCACACAUCGCGUGGUAUCUCAACGGCCGCAGGUUGCAGGGCGCCGGUACUCCGGCCAUCGGAUAUCCGGGCGCCGCGUCCGCUAACCCACGUAUGUUCGUCGUGGACGGCGUGGACGACGAGGACGGCAGCCGUCGGAGCGAGAUGACCCUGACGGACGUGCGACGCGAAGACGCGGGUCAGUAUUCGUGCCUGGCCGAAAACCGGGCCGGAAAUUCUGAAGCCAACUUCACGGUUUACGUGACCGACCGGCCAUCCGUCAUCAUGUCCACAUUCGGUUCGGCGCACGUUAACGGCGUGGCCGCCGCUAUGGCAGCGCUCAUCGUGUUCAUAUUGGUGUUGAUCGCGUUGACCGUGAUGCGGAUCCGACGGACCGGAUAUCCGGCCGACACCAAGCCCACAGAAGCCGCCGGAAAUCGCGGUAGUGGCAAACCCAGCACCGGUUCGAUGGCCAUGAACGGAGGAGGAGCAACAAUGGGACGUGGCGGAGGAGGAUACGGUAACAGUAGCGUGUUGACCGGAGGCGGCAAGAUGAAUCCGGCGCUAGACAUAUCGUCCGUGAUCGAGCGCAACUACGAUCCGGACCUGGAACCCGGGCUGGGAUCCGUCUGCACUCCUACGGGAUCGUAUCACGUGGCCGGAUUGGACCUGAUACACGACCACGAUGCAUCCCGGCUGGAGAUGUGCGAUUCGCCGAUGUCUUCGACCGCCAAACCUCCACCGUCGUAUUACAGCGGAGCCAGGACCGUAUCUGGUGGCGGGAACGUUCGCCCGUACGACGAUCGGACCCCGAUCAUCGGUACCGGAAGUGCGGGCGAUGCGUACAGCGUGGGCACCGGAUCUGAUGAAGUGUUCUCGUACAACAGCCAACAACAAUUGCACUACGGUGGCGGCGGCGGUCAUUACGCCCAACAACAACAAGCCAUCGGCGGCGGUAGCGUCAACAGCGAUUAUCCGGCCGACUACGGUCUGCCGAUCAUACCCGCCGGCCAUCACCUCAAUCAAUCGUCGACCAACGUGUCCCAGUACAGUCAGCAUCCACAGCAGCACCCACAUCAGCAGCAACAUCAACAGUAUUACAACAACAACAACAACAACCACCACCAUCAACAGCAGCAGCAGCAGCAGCAACUCCAUCAUCCACAGGAAUACGUUCAGCAACAGCAAGACGUGUCCCAACAACCGUCGGUCAAGACUCUGCGAGUGUGGCAGAGGGGCGUACCGGUGUUGCCCACUACGCCGUCCCUGCAGAGAUUCGCCAACAGGACUUCGCCGACCACACCGGGCACCGACGUCUGAGCUCAGAAUUCGGGUCGGGUGGUCGUUACAUCCUUUCGACGACACCUGUACACCGUAGUCUCAUUUGUACCGUUUAACUUCGUUUCGUUUUAUUUAUUAUCGUGUGUACCUACGGCGCGUUUCGUUCCUUUCCGCGUUACUUUUCCACGAUUUUUGUUGUUGUUGUUGUUGUUGAUAUUGUUUUAGUUGUAAUUCAGUAGUUAUAUUCUGUUAUUUUUAACCGCGUGCUCGGCGUGUGACGCAAUCGCGAUGACCCGAAACGAACGAUUUUUUACCGUCCUGACAUCUCUCAAGCGAAGUUGUGACCAAAUCUACCUACGUAUAAUCGUUGUUCGCGAUUGAUCAUUUUGAUCGGACGUAGUGAACAUGCGCAGUAAUCAUGAUUUUCGGUAAAAACUCUGACCGGUUAGGCCCGUUUUUUUUUCAUUUCGAGAAAAAAUAUUUCAUUUUUCCUACUUUUCGAAAACAGAUACGAAACGGAAAAAACUGGCCGUGAGAUCUCAUUCGUUACGGAGACUCGCGUCAUGCCCAAUGUUGUUCCUCUUGUACAUUAUUGUAAUAGUUGAUGUAUAUAAGUAUAAGUAUAAAUAUAUAUAUAUAUAUAUAUUAUAUUAUCUGUGUCUACGACGUUGUGACUAUAUUGCGCCGUAAACAAGUUAAAUGUAAGUGUAAGAUAGGUUGAAAUAUUAUAUUUCCCCCCAAAAUAUGGCUGUGAUGAUGCGGUUUGUUUUUUGCUCGAUGGCGACAAAGAAAAACCUAUUUUAUUUUUUAUUAUUAUUUUUUAUUUUAAAUUGCGUCUGCAUGAUAAAUAUGCCGAAAACAAUAAUAAAAAAAAGAAUAUACGACUAUUCUAUGUUUAACGCAAACGACUACUACAGUACAAUACGGUACGACAAUGACGAUAUAUAUAUAUUAUAAUAUACAUUCACGGCGCAUCGCUGCAAUACCAAAUCAAACAUUAUUAAUGUAAUGCGCUCAUAAUAAUAUUUUAUUGUAAUUUAUGUAUAAGAUAAUCAAUUAAUAUAUCUCUCGUGCUCGCGGUGCGUCAAAACUUGAGUCGCCCGUCGUCCACGACGUCAUCGUCGUACACUAUUACGCAUUGUCACUAUACAUAUUAUAAUAUACUGUUGUGAAAACUACAUAUGAUUAAAAUUUAUAAUUUUUAUUUUCUAAUAUUAUUGU